CCAGAACGACAUCAGAUGUCCGUUUGUUAGCCUAAGGGUAACAGUUAUCUAACGAAAUCCUUUAGUGAAGAGUGCCGUUUAGUUUGACUAAUAGUUUCGACCUGUUUUUCGGAGAUUUGCAAGUACUACUCGUAGACAGCCAGCAGCCCAGCAACAUCAACAAUGUUGAGAUUUGUAUCCGCCCUUGUGAUCCUCGCCGCGACCGCCAAGGCCGCCCCGGUGGAACCGGCACACUACUCGUUCGUGGCCGCGCACCCCCAGCACUACGAACAUUCCGUCCAGCACCACUACCAGCCUGCUCCGGAGGUGCACUACCCGAUCCAGGUGAUCGAGAAUGUCCACCACCACGGUCAUGAGCUGCCCCAGAAGUACCUCGUGGAGAGCCAUGAUGUGCACCAUCUGGACCAUCACCACGAGGUGGCCGCCGCUCCGGUUUACGUCGAUCAUUCCGCCGCCGGUGGUUACAGCUCGCUGUACGGUGGUGCCAGCCAUGGCCUUUUGUACAACGGAGCUGGCCACCAUGGUGGGUAUGCCACCAAGUACAACGACUACUACGCGUACCCCAAGUACAACUUUGAGUACGGAGUCAACGAUCCGCAUACCGGAGACCACAAGGCCCAGUGGGAACAUCGCGAUGGCGAUGUCGUUAAGGGAGGAUACAUGCUGAAGGAAGCCGACGGAACGACCCGCGUGGUGGAGUACACCGCCGAUGACCACAACGGAUUCAACGCCGUGGUCAAGAAGAUCGGACAUGCCCACCAUCCGGAAACUCACCACCAGCACGUCGUUGCCGCCCCUCAGCCGCACGUGUACGGAGGCUUUGGAAACUACGCUGGAGCGUACGCCACCGGUGACUACUACGGCAAGGGUGCCACCAGCUACGCCAAGGUCUGGAAGCAGGAAUAAGACCUCCGCCCGCAGCUCCCGGACCCCAGUAUUAGUCAGCAGUGGUGCCAAAGACGACCCCCCGCAAAAAGAUAAAAACAUGAUGGCAUAAUUAUAAUUAUUUAAUGCUUGCUUUUUUUAUUAGCUUUGUUUACGAGAUGGAUACAUGCUAGCUUCAAACACGAAAGGCGAAAAGUUUUAGCCAAAUACGCUCUUCACUAAUGGUUAUCGAAUAUUGUGCUUGAAUGUACUAUACGAAGAUAGAUGUCUUGUUCAACGAUGAAAGUGUUGGUAGCUUCACAUGAGCAAACGAUUGUUCAUUGAUGGACCACACUAAUUGGCAAGGUUUGAUCUUCAAAAAUAAAAAUGAAAAUAAAUAAAUCGAUCUGUGA